AUGAGCCUCUACGCGCCGCCGACGACGGCCGAGAUGCUGCAGCUCAACGCUGCGGACGCGUCGUCCGUGUACACGACCAACUUCCUCCGGCUGCAGACGACGCAGCUGCUCGACGAGGUCCGCAUCGCCUACGACAAGGUCGGUGGCGUCAACCCGAUCCUCGUGGCCGUCAAGCAGAGCUUGGACGCGCUGCCCGAGCAGCAGGUCACGUCGUCGUGCUUGGCCAUGCCGGGCCUGCCCACGCGCAACCUCCUCAAAGAG